UGCAGUGCAUGCGAUAUACGAAUGACCGUGUGAUGAAAAAAGCGACGAACGAAGUUUAUACUGCUGUAUACGUGGUGGAAUAGUUGAAAACAGUCGUGUAAGGACGAAUUAUACGGUGGACAGUACAUGAUUUGAAAUCCCCUGAUCGGGGAAUCAAUGUUAAAUAUCAGCGUGAACGAGCACAGUGAUUGACAAUUGUUUUCGUGAAUUGUUCGUGCGACAAAAAGCAAGCAAGCAAGCUAAAGGAAGGAAGAAACGAAGAAACGGCCAGACGUCGGGUAGAGAAGAAAGAAAAGAACGAUGAUAAGGUUAUGCCAGAGUAUGUUCCAUGACACGUGACACAGUUUUAUUUGGUAACAAGAAUAAUCGUGUAUUAGGAACCGGGUAACAACGGUGAAGAAAAGGGGAUCGAAGUGUCAGAUGCGAGUGUAUGAGCGAGAAUCAGUAUGUCGACGACUGAACAGAACGUGAUAUUCGCGCGGGCCGGUUCCGCCCUGUUUUACGGGUUGUCGUCGUUGAUGAUCACGGUUGUGAAUAAAACGGUGUUGACGUCGUUUGAAUUCCCGUCGUUCCAAGCGCUCGGCAUAGGACAAAUGCUGGCCACGAUUGCGUUGCUGCUCGGCGCGAAGAAAUUACGCUACGUUGAUUUUCCUAACCUAGAAACGGGAACGUUCGGAAAGAUCUGGCCGUUGCCGGUGAUUUACAUCGUUUCAGGCGGCCCGAUACGAAGAUUUUCCAGCGAUGCAUCGUUUGCGAAGGAUUACGCGAACCAUCGCGUCCCUCUCACGCGAAUGCAACACGCGAUUUUGACGAUGGGCGCCGCCGCGGUAUCAUUCGCCGAUCCAUUUCGCGGUGACAUGAUCGCAUGCCUGGGAGAAACCACCGGGUCCGACGCCCUCGUUCACUGUCAACGGCGAAUGCUCGAGACCGCCGAAGGACGUCGCAUCCUCGUCGAUCAGCCACGCAUUUCAACCAAAACGGUUGAUCUUGCCGCGUUGAAAUGCUUGCCAGUGGGCACGGUUGGCAGAACCUACCGUGAAUUUUUGGACGCGAAUAAUGUCACACCCGAUUCUAGACCGUCGGUCAAGUUCAUAGAGAAUACCGAAUUGGCAUACGUAAUGCAACGGUAUCGAGAAACCCACGACAUAUUUCAUGCGGUACUUCUAAUGCCGACUACGAUGCUUGGGGAAGUGUCCGUGAAAUGGAUAGAAGCGUUACAAUUGCGUUUACCGAUGUGUCUCAGCGGAGCGAUAUUCGGAGCAUAUCGAUUACGUCCAAGGCAAAGAAAAAUGUACGUCGAACAUCAUCUCCCGUGGGCCAUUAGAACGGGCGUCACCGCGAAAUUCUUAUUGGGAGCGUACUUCGAGGAACGUUGGGAACAAACGCUCGACGACUUUCAUCGGGAAAUGAAUAUUCAGCCGCUGGUACAGAUAGACAAUUACGUCAGUGAAAGACGAUAGACAUAUGUGCCCCCUAU